CUGCCCCAGGGACUGAGAGCAGUCAUGGCUGCCAAGGGACCACCCAAAGAAGACCCAGUCAACAAGGUGAAGUUGAUGGCCAGGAAUGUGCUUGAUGGCAUUUUUGAUGACUUGAUAGAAAAUAGUGUGUUAAACAGAGAUGAGUUAUGCAAAUUAGGAGAUGGUGUGAACUUCAUCAUGAACAACGCUGAAAACCUGGUUGAUGAUAUCACUGAGAAAACUCAAAUGGCAGGCAAAAUAUUUAUGGACCGCCUCUUCAAGCAAAAGAUACCACUGAGUUUAAAUAUAUCCAGUGAUGGAGAAGGAAGGCCAAACACGCCUGGCCUCAUCAUCUGCAACAAAGAAUUCACCUAUCUACCUAAUCGAUAUGGUUCUGAAAUUGACCUUUUGGGGAUGCAAGACCUGCUAGAAAACCUUGGCUACUCAGUGAUUGUAAAAGAGAAUCUCACAGCUCAGCAAAUGGAAACAGAACUAAAGGAGUUUGCUGCCCGGCAAGAGCACCAGUCCUCAGAUAGCACAUUCCUGGUAUUUAUGUCACACGGCAUCCUGGACGGAAUCUGUGGGAUAAAGCACAGAAUCCCUGAGCCAGAUGUUCUUCCGGAUGACAUCAUCUUCACAAUUUUCAACAACCGUAACUGCCAGAGUCUGAAAGACAAACCCAAGGCCAUCAUCAUGCAGGCCUGCCGAGGCAGAGGUAUCGGGAUGGUUUGGGUGGCAGCUGACUCGGGAGAAGCUCCUGCAGAUACACAUGGCCAGGUCCUGCAGCGGCGCUGUGUCUGGAAUGACGCUAUUACAGAGGCCCACGUGGAGAAGGACUUCAUUGCUUUCAAAUCUUCAACACCACAUAAUAUUUCUUGGAGGCUUGACCUAAAUGGAUCACUCUUCAUUUCCCAACUUAUCUACUACUUCAAAGAGUCUUGGUGUCAUCAUUUAGAGGAAAUUUUUCAAAAGGUUCAACAUUCAUUCGAGACCCCAAAUAUACUAACCCAGAUGCUGACCAUUGAAAGACUAUCCAUGACACGAUAUUUCUACCUCUUCCCUGGGAAUUAAAACUCAUUAGAAGGACCGCAGGUAAAUGAAUCUAUCCUAGAAGUAGGUGUGGGUAUUCCCUGCUCAGAGUCUGUACAGAGAGUCUGCAUAGAAUGGAGGAUAAUGAUGGAAUGUUGGCUGCCCAUUAGUUACUGAGGCUCAUGUUAUCUGCCUUUUCUUAGUGGCCCUCAGUGAAACCCUGGUGUAAUUUGACUUCAGCCAUAGUAUAAUGGGUGUAUCAAAAAUGGCAAGUUCAGUGGCAGCCAGCUGGAAAAUUUUUUAGUUCUAAUUUCCUUCAAGGACCUGCUCAGUGAGUGGAGACUAUUUCCUUCUGAUGCAUGCAUAACAUAAAAUAAUUGGAAAUGUUAUGUAUAUCUGGUAUAUUUGUCCUCCUCACCAAAAAGUCAGUUUUUCUGAGUCGUACCCUUCCCUGUUUAUGAUGAGGCUUGCCUGUACCACAGUGUCAGCCAGCCGACUACUUGCUGAAUCUAUGCUGAGGCAAUGAGGCCCUAAUACAGAUCUUCCCAUUUGGGGAUGACAGGUCCAUAGCCCUUGUAUAAAGGUAUUUCUCACAAUAGGAUUAGUUCUAUUUAUAUCUUACCUCUAAUAGCCCAAUUAUUCAUGUUCUCUUAUAUC